AUGGCUUCGCUCCAUGCUAGGUAUGGGACCAGGCUCUCUGUCCUGAGGGCACUCGUGGCUUUGGGAGGUGACCCUUUAUCCCAUUUUGUUGCAGACAUUGAUGAAUGUGAACAAGGCAAGCCAGGGACUGCCUGUGGAAGAUUCGCAGACUGCCAUAACACGGUGGGGAGCUACUACUGCACAUGCAGCGAAGGAUACAGGCUUGUUUCUGGGGCAGCAAAGUUCGGUAAUGAGAGUGAGAACACGUGUGAAGACAUGGACGAAUGUCUGGACCCCAGAAUCUGUAAAAGCCACAAGUGUGUCAACACCCAUGGCAGCUACACCUGCACAUGCCCACCAGGAUUUGAGCUGAACCCAGAGGACCCAAAGCUGUGCAAAGAUGUGAAUGAAUGUACCUCGGGAAAACAUUCCUGCCACAAAUCCACCCAAUGCCACAACACCAAGGGCAGCUAUGAGUGCCGCUGCAGGUCUGGCUGGAAGCCGGUUCCUGGGUCCCCCAAUGGCCCAAACAACACCAUCUGUGAAGAAGCGAUCUCCUUCCCCACCUGGAUCCCGCCCUCUGGAAUCAAGAGCCAGAGUCUCUCUCACUUCUUUGAAAGAGUCCACAACCUGAGCAGAGACUUCAUGUCUUCCUCGGUCCAGGACACCAUCCAGGACAUCAUACAGGAGGUGGAUAAUCUGCUGGAGAACCCGGGGGACCUGCUUACUCUGCCUCCUUCAGAGCAGCACUGUGUGGCCACUAACCUGCUGACUGGCUGGGAGCACGUCCUGAGAGAGCUGAGCAAGGCCUUGCCCAAUGGGCCACUGACCUUCAGGACAGCUGCAGGAUCAGGCAAGUAA